AUGGUGGAGAACACCAGCAAGGAAAACCAAACCACCAUAACUGAAUUCAUCUUGCUGGGAUUCGAACAUCCUCCUGAACUCUGGAUCCCACUCUUCUUGCUGUUUUUCUUUGUCUAUAUUAUGACUUUGGCUGGGAACAUGACCAUCGUUGCCUUAGUUGUGACUGAUAGAAGCCUUCAGACUUCCAUGUACAUCUUCUUGGGAAACUUGUCCUUCCUGGAGAUGUGCUACACCUCCACCAUCUUGCCCAGGAUGCUUGCCAAUAUCUUCCGUGGAAACAAGGCUGUGACAUUCAAUGGCUGUAUUAUACAAUUAUAUUGCUUUAGUUUCCUGGCAACUGCAGAAUGUUAUCUAUUGGCUGUGAUGGCUUAUGAUCGGUACCUAGCUAUAUGCAAGCCCUUGCAUUAUGCUAUAAUGAUGAAUGCCAAAAUGACCAUCCAGUUGGUAGCAGCUUCUUGGUUAUGUCCUGUCAUUGUUCUGACUGUGCUUGUGGUGUUGGUGUCCGGGCUGACUUUCUGUGGCCCCAAGGAAAUCAACCACUUUUUCUGUGAUCUCAGCCCAGUGAUUCAUCUCUCCUGCACAGACAUCAAAGGGGUGCUGUUGACAAUCUUCCUAAUGGCCAUUGUGGAUACCUUCCCCCCAUUCCUGUUCACCAUGUUAUCUUAUGUUUUCAUCAUUGCCACCAUCCUGAGGAUGCCAUCUGCCAAGGACAGACAGAAAGCAUUUUCCACCUGUUCCUCUCACCUUACUGUGGUGACCCUUUUCUAUGGGACCCUGAUUACGGUUUAUGCCCUGCCCCAAACAGACAGAUUCAGGGAUCUAAACAAAAUAUGUUCUUUGUUUUAUACCAUUUUGACACCCUUAGCCAAUCCCAUCAUAUACAGCUUGAGAAAUAAACAGGUGAAAGAUGCCCUUAUCAGAGCCUUUGGUAAGGGAAAGAUGUAUGUAGGAAGGUAG